UCUUUAUAAAUAGCACCUGGCGCCUUAGUCAAUGCCCCUGUCCUUUUCCUACCGGCUACUCCAUUGUCUUAACAUUCAGGAUUACGGCAAAAUGGCAUUCAACGGCACGUGGCAGGUCUAUUCCCAGGAGAACUACGAAGAUUUCCUGAAGGCUAUUGCUUUGCCCGAUGAUAUCAUCAAAGCCGCCAAAGACGUCAAGCCGGUAACUGAAAUCCGCCAGACGGGGAACACCUUCGUCGUCACCUCCAAGACCCCCAACAAGUCUGUCACAAACUCAUUCACACUGGGGAAAGAGGCGGACAUGACCACCAUGGACGGCAAGAAAGUCAAGUGCACAGUGAACCUGGUCAAUGGGAAGCUGGUCGCCAAAUCGGAUAAAUUUGUCCAUGAACAGGAAAUAGUAGGCAACGAAAUGGUCGAGACUAUAACAUCUGGUUCAGCAACAUUUACCAGGAGAAGCAAGAAGGUUUAAAGCAGAGAGGAAGGAUGCCUCCGUUUAUUAGUACAGCCGACCAUCUGUAUCCACAGAUCCUGCACCUACUGAUUCCACCAUCCAUGGCUUGAAAAUAUAUAUAUACAGUAGAGUCUCACUUAUCCAAGCUAAAUGGGCCAGCAGAACCAUGGAUGAGCGAAUAUCUUGGAUAAUACGGAGAGAUUGAGGAAAAGCCUAUUAAACAUCAAAUUAGUUUAUGAUUUUACAAAUUAAGCACCAAAACAUCAUGUUAUACAACAAAUUUGACAGAAAAGAUAGUUCAAUACGCAGUAAUGUUAUUUUGUAAUUACUGUAUUUACGAAUUUAGCCCCAAAAUAUCACGAUAUAUUGAAAACAUUGACUACAAAAAUGCAUUGAAUAAUCCAGAACCUUGGAUAAGCGAGUCUUGGAUGAUUCUACUGUAUAUACAUAAAACCCAAAAAACAAACCUUAAUUUGGCCAUAUCCUAUAAAGAGACACCAUGUUACUCCACCAUUGUAUAUAAUGGGAUUUGAGCAUCCAGGGAUCUGGGUGUGGAUACCGAUAUUUUUAUAUUUGGAUAAUAAAGUACUCUGUAUAUCAUG